UUCAAUCGAUUAAACCAGACAGUGUCUGACUCUCUUUCUCUGCUCGUGCUCGCUAGUAGGAAGCAGUGAAUGAAAUUGAAUUACUAAACGCUGAAAAGAGAAAAUUGAAGUCACUCUGAGUCCGUUAGUUGUUUGGAUUCUUAUCUCUAGUUAUCUUAAUGAGUUUUUGUUUACAUUUUCAAGAUUAGUUUUUCGUGGUGUGAAUUGAUUUUGGAGAUGGCAAUAACUAUGGCAAGUGGACAAUUUUCUUGCUUUGAAAUGAAUUUGAAUUUUAAACCAUAUCCUUCGUCUGGGUUUUUGAAUUCUUGGAGACCAUUUUUUUGUUUUCCAUCAAAUAUAGAGAGUGUUAAAACGAUUAGAGGUUUUGGUUUUGGAUUAAAAGUUAAGGCUGUUUCAAAUGGAGAUUUGGAUAAUAGGUUGACUGGUGGUGGGAUGGUUGAGCAAGAGUUUGUAUUCAAGCCUUCUUUUGAUGAGUAUUUGAAAGUUAUGGAGUCUGUUAAAACUGGUCAGGAGAAGAAGGAACUGCGUAAAUUUAGUGGGUCUAAGUUGAAGGAGGACACUAGGGGGAGAAAUGAAAGGUAUAAUAGGUCUGCAGAUGGAGAAAAUAAGUCGAAAGAGAAUGGAGGCAUUGACCAAAAUGACAUGAUUAAUGACGAACUUGAUAACAAAGAAAGAGGAAUUAGAGAAUCAAGUGUUAAAUUGCCUGGUAAAGAAAGCAGUGGAGGUACAUAUGUAAAGAGAAAGGUGAGAGGAGUGACAGGUGAGGUGCAACGGUUGAAUUAUCAAACUCGUAGGAUGCAUACUCAGUUGGAGGACUUUCAUCAAGGUAAGGGUAAGAAGACUCAAAGCCUGCAAGAAAGCCGUAUGAUGGGUGUUGUUGAGAGUCGUAAAAGCCCUAUUGGCAAUGAAGAGGAGUUUUCUUAUGGUAAAAAUUUACCAAAAUUUUUUCAAAGGAAGAACACUGAAAGAGAGGAACAUGGUGCUAGAGAAAAUAGAAUGAGAUUUGUGUCGAAUCAUGUCCGAAUUGAUCGAGACAAUGACGAGGAAAUUGUACGGAAAAGAGGAUUUCUAAUCAGAAGUAACUCAAGGGUCCCUGAUAACGGUAGUGAUAAGGAUUUGGAAGUGGAAAGAUCUGCCUUCAGAAGUUUUGAAGAAGGUGAGGUCGCUAUUGCCAGGCCCCGAACUUCAAGGAUGGAAAUGGAGGAGAGAAUCCAGAAAUUAGCAAAGUGUCUAAAUGGUGCAGAUAUUGAUAUGCCUGAGUGGAUGUUCUCUAAGAUGAUGCGCAGCGCAAGAAUAAAAUAUACAGACCAUACUAUAUUGAGGAUUAUCCAGAUAUUGGGUAAAUUGGGAAAUUGGAGGCGAGUGCUACAAGUCAUUGAGUGGCUUCAAAUGCGUGAACGCUUCAAAUCUUAUAGGCUAAGAGAUGUUUAUACAACUGCACUAUAUGUACUUGGGAAGGCACAGAGGCCAGUGGAGGCACUCAAUGUGUUUCAUGCAAUGCAGCAACAAAUGUCUUCAUAUCCAGACUUGGUUGCCUAUCGUUCUAUUGCUGUUACUCUUGGACAAGCAGGGCGUAUGGAACAGCUUUUCGAUGUGAUUGAAAACAUGCGAUCUCCUCCGAAGAAGAAAUUUAAGAUGGCUGCAUUUCAUAAGUGGGACCCUAGGUUGGAACCAGAUGUCAUUGUCUAUAAUGCGGUCCUAAAUGCUUGUGUUCAGAGGAAACAAUGGGAAGGUGCUUUUUGGGUUUUACAGCAGUUAAAGCAACAGGGCUUGCAACCUUCUACUGCAACAUAUGGACUAAUUAUGGAGGUUAUGCAUGCAUGUGGCAAGUACAACUUGGUUCACGAGUUUUUUAUGAAAGUGCAGAAAUCUUCUAUUCCAAAUGCUUUAGUGUAUAGAGUUCUUGUGAAAACUCUUUGGAAAGAAGGUAGGAUAGAUGAGGCUGUAUUGGCUGUUGAAACCAUGGAAAGACGAGGAAUUGUGGGUUCCGCUGCUCUUUAUUAUGAUCUUGCUCGAUGUCUUUGUGGUGCUGGAAGGUGCCAAGAAGCAUUACACCAGGUUGAGAAAAUAUGCAAGGUUGCUAAUAAGCCUCUCGUGGUAACUUACACGGGCUUAAUUCAAGCUUGCCUGGACUCUGGAAACAUUCAAAAUGCAGUUUACAUCUUCAACCAGAUGAAGCAUGUUUGCUCCCCGAAUCUUGUUACUUGCAAUAUAAUGUUGAAAGCAUAUCUUGAACAUGGAUUGUUUGAAGAAGCAAAGGAUCUUUUCCACAAGAUGUCUGAAGACAGCAAUUAUAUCAAGAGUAAAGCUGAUUACAAGGUGAAGAUAAUGCCAGAUAUCUAUACAUUCAAUACCAUGCUGGAUGCAUGCAUUGCUGAGAAGAAUUGGGAUGAUUUUGAGUAUUUCUAUGGAAGAAUGUUGCACAAUGGGUAUCACUUCAAUGUAAAACGUCAUCUUCGGAUGGUAUUGAAUGCUUCGGGUGCUGGAAAGGGAGAAGCCGUGGAGAUGACUUGGAAGCACUUGGCUCAGGCAGGUCGGACUCCCCCACCUACUCUCGUCAAAGAAAGAUUUUGCAUUAUGCUGAAGAAAGGGAACUGUGAUUCUGCUCUUGCUUGUAUCACUAAUAAUGCUAUUGAGGAGUCGCCGGCAUUUUCGGAGACAGCUUGGUUGAAUUUAUUGGAAGAAAAUGCUCAACAGAUUAGAAGAGAUACUCUUGUUCAGCUAAUGGAUGAGGUGAGCAUUCUUGUUCACAGAAGCAGCCCACCAAAUCCUAUACUGCAAACUCUUUUAACAUCUUGUAAUAAUUUUCUAGAGGCUCCUAUUAAAGUUCCUGAAGACAACCAUAAGGAAAUUGUAUGUACAGUUCAAUCUUAAACUACUUCUGCAUAUUAUCGUCUACAAUAGGUUUUUAGUACUUUUGGAUUUUAUGUGCAAUAUGUUGAUUCGACAUGUGAUAACUAUAAUUUUUAAUUGA